GCGGCGGGCAAAUCUAAAAUCGCCAGCAAGCAAGAAACACCUGAGCAAUAGAAAGACACGGCAAAACCGGGCCGCAUAAAGUGAAUUCCAUGCCAAAGCGAAACGGAAUACAAGUGAAGUGCUAUCGAUACGCCAGAACAAGGGUGAAAAGCUAAGACAGUCGCGUCCCGUAUCCCCAAACGAGUCGCGCCUUCGCAACCAACACCCAAAACCGUCAAAAUUACCUACUACUACUCGACGAAUUCGUGCGGCGCGUGCAACCAGAGUGAGGACAUCAUGCUCUUAUCCUACCGAUGCAUCUACUCGGUCCUGCUGUCCACCAUAGCCAGCAUUAUGGUGGUGCUCAGCUCGGCCUCCUCCGGCUCCCUGCAGCUGCCCACCGUGCGCAAGUGCGGCGGCGGCUCCACCGGGGCAGCCCACACCAUGGCCAUGAAUUUGGCGGCCUACGGGCUGCUGGAGAACCGGAUUAGCACUCUGGAAGCACCGCGACAAACGCACUGGAGCAAGAAGUUCCUGGCCAAGCGGGAGGCGACUCCCCAUUCAGCACCGUACGUGGUCAGCAUCCAGAUGAUGACACCCGACCAGGGCCUGGUCCACUACUGUGCCGGCACCGUCAUCAACGAGCACUGGAUCCUGACGGCGGCCCACUGCCUCAGUUCACCGCAGGCGGUGGAGAACUCCGUCAUUGUGGCAGGCAGCCACGACAUCCACGACCAGAAGGGCGAGGCGUCCAACAUCCAGAUGCGACACAUCGACUACUACGUGCGCCACGAGCUCUAUCUCGGCGGCGUGAAUCCCUACGACAUUGCCCUGAUCUACACCAAAACGCCGCUGGUCUUCGACUCGUAUGUCCAGCCAGCAACGCUGCCGGCGCAGGAUGCCCAGCCGGACGGCUAUGGCACUCUUUACGGCUGGGGCAAUGUGUCCAUGACGGCAGUGCCCAACUAUCCGCACCGCCUGCAGGAGGCCAAUAUGCCCAUCCUGGACAUGGAGCUGUGCGAGCAGAUCCUCGCCCGCUCCGGACUGCAACUGCACGAGACCAACCUGUGCACUGGCCCACUGACCGGCGGCGUUAGCAUCUGCACCGCUGACUCCGGCGGACCGCUGAUCCAGCAGUGCUGCGAGGAGCACUUCGAGCAGGCCAACAUCGUCAUCGGCAUCGUGUCGUGGGGCAAAAUGCCCUGCGGCCAGAAGAACGCCCCCUCGGUCUUUGUCCGUGUCUCCGCCUUCACGGAGUGGAUCAACCAGGUCAUCAGCACGGCCACCCAGAUCAUGUAAGAUGAUCAUCGGAAAGACAGGACUGUGCAAGAUCCACCCCUCGCCCCCCACAUGAGCUCGAAUGUCAAAAUAUCGAAAAAUUAAAUAUAUAAAAAAUAAUCACUAAAAAUGGAAAACAAAAACCCAAAAAAAAAUGUAGAUUCUCUAGAUAAUCUCAUUAGGCAAAUAAGGAUGAACAAGCAUACUGCCAUGGUUCUUGCACUUUAAGACUUAGUUUAAGCACACAAAAACAUGAAUAAAAUUGUGAACAUUUAAAUAGAA